GAAGAAAGUAGACGAGGAAGAUUUAGGGUGACGUUUGUGAAGCAGGAGUCGAGGAGGAGGAACGGAAGAAGGUUUGUGACGAAGAAGAAGAAAGAAAAGGAAUAGGAGGACAUUAGUUGCACUGUUUGUUUGAUGAUGUAAAUUAGGUUAGUGUCAGUAAAUGUAGAGAAGAGGAACAACAUGGCCUACCAGACAUUCCAACAGGAAUAUCUACAGAUUCCACUUGUGACGAGAGCUUAUACUACCGCUUGCGUCCUCACUACCGCUGCAGUGCAACUAGAGUUAAUCACACCUUUUCAACUGUACUUCAAUCCAGAUUUGAUCCUAAGGAAUUACCAGGUAUGGCGGCUAAUAACAAACUUCCUAUUUUUUGGUCCAGUGGGUUUCAAUUUCCUGUUCAAUAUGAUUUUUUUGUACAGAUACUGUCGUAUGUUGGAGGAGGGCUCUUUCAGGGGGCGCACAGCUGACUUUGUCUUCAUGUUUAUCUUUGGUGGGUUGCUGAUGACUAUAUUUGGUAUAUUUGUGAGUCUGGUAUUCCUGGGUCAGGCAUUCACCAUCAUGUUGGUGUAUGUGUGGAGUCGACGAAAUCCAAACGUUCGUAUGAAUUUCUUCGGCCUUUUGAAUUUCCAAGCACCCUUCCUGCCUUGGGUGCUGAUGGGAUUCUCCCUUCUGCUGGGGAACUCCAUCAUUGUUGAUCUUUUAGGUAUCGCUGUGGGUCACGUUUACUACUUUUUGGAAGACGUCUUCCCCAACCAGCCAGGUGGUGGAAGAUGGCUGAAGACUCCAUCAAUUAUAAAGAUGCUAUUCGACACGCCCGACCAUGAUGCUAACUACAACCCGUUGCCAGAGGAUCGUCCGGGAGGGUUUGCUUGGGGAGACGGACAGCAACUUGGAGGUUAGAUCUGCUCUUGGAAUAUUGAUCUCCGGCAAAGAUGUUCCAGCAGAGUGAUGAAGAGCAUUGACACGAUUUUGAUUCCUGAAUGGACAAAACCAACAAAUAGAAGUCACCUGGAGAAAAGCGUACGUGAUUAUUCUUUUGUUUUGUUUGUGGUGGACGGACAUGAUUGAAAAAAAAACUAUUGCAGGCUGAAGCUGAAACGUUUGCUCUGAUGAACUUUGUGGAGAAUCAUAUUAACUUGUUUGAAAAUGUGUGAACAGCAAACAUAUAGAAAUAUUUGGAGUGUAUGAUGGAAUAAAAACACUUUUCUAACUGUCA